AUGGAUCUAAGUGUGAGGAAGAGAACUGGCUACGAUAUUGAGAGCCUGCUGGGUGAUAUUGCUGGGAAGGAAGUAGUGACUGAGGAUGUCAGAGAAGAGAAUCCUUCCUCUGGGGAGGAUGAUAUUAACAACAAUCAAGAACUAACGACACAAGAGCGAAGCCAUUUACCCAGAAAUUUCCAGGAUUCAAGAGGCGUGCUCACUUUCCAGGAAACGGGAAAUUUGCCCGCCAAAGAGAAAUUACUAGUGACGGCUCCAAAUGCUGUGUCGCCGCCUGCUCUGGCGGGCCUUCAGGCCCAGUCGUGCGUAAAUAGUGCCAAUAUAAAUAAUAUAAACUGCUUUCUUGAUGAUGAUUUGGAUAAAACCAGCCAUUAUGUGAGUAAAUUAAAAAAUGAGAUUGCCCAGAAUGAAACGGUCAUUUUUAAAACAUCGGGGUUAUUGAAUUCUGGCAGCGAUCGGAAGUGUUACGUCAUAAGGGAAAGUCAAAUUGCGAACGAGGAACGUAACUAUGAUAAAACAUUUGGUUUGUGUAAAUUGGGACGUAAAGUAGAAGAGAGUCCGGUUGUUCAAGUUGAAAAUAUAGACUGGCGAAAGAAUUCAGAGGAGACCUUCCGAGACAACAUCCACGGAAAUGAUUCUGUGCUUAACGGUCGGUCAAGACAAAGUUUUGAUGUGUAUUUAGGUCACAGUCCUGCCACGAUGGUCGACCAAGAUGGCUGUUUGAGAAGUAAAGAAAAUGAUGAUAAUGAGAAUGGAGAUAUCGUUGUUGAUGAAGCUAACGAUGAUGACGAUGAGUGUAUGGACAGGGAGAAGGAUCUAGAAGAUUCGGGUAAAAGAAAACAGAGGCGGUACCGAACGACUUUCACCAGCUACCAGUUGGAGGAGUUGGAGAGAGCCUUUCAAAAGACCCAUUACCCCGAUGUUUUUACUAGGGAGGAGCUGGCGAUGAGAAUUGACUUGACAGAAGCCAGAGUACAGGUGUGGUUUCAGAACAGAAGAGCCAAAUGGCGGAAAAAAGAAAAGGUCGGAGGUCAGACGCAUACAUUUAAUCCUUACCCACCGGGACUGGGUCUCAUGGCUCGAGGGAUGCUAGUUCCGCAACCAGCGACUCACCACUACCACCCUCAUCAUCAUCUUCACCACCAACACCCUCUGUCAUACUCCGAUCUUCUGUUGAAAAGCUACGAGAACACGAUGCUGUCGCGGCAUGGGAUGGCGUCAGGACUUCCGCCAAAUAACUACUACUCCCAAACCGCAUUUGCUUCCUUGGGGUUUCCCCCACCUGGCGGUCUUAGCUCGCUGAGGGUCAUGGCUCCACUGUCACUACCCAUACCACCUCCUGGAUCGUUUCAGCACCUUUUGGCUAGCAUGACAUCGUCUGUUCUCAAAGCCAGAGAAAAUGCAGAAGGAUCUUCAGCCUCUCCGCCGUCCACUCCAGUGACCUCCGGCUCUAAAGCCAGCACGCCGUCGCCAAACAACGACCCAGAUCCGGACAGAAGACCUCCAUCAGCGACCUUGGUAACAAAGCCAAGUCACGGGGAAGAGUUCCGGAGUUCGGUAAUGUCGGGUAAAGGAGACAUUCGAAGUUCCAGUAUUGCAUCUUUACGACUCAAAGCCAAAGAGCACCAGCUGAGAAUUGGUAAAGAUACCUGUCCCCGAGUAGUAUUUUAG